GCCUGUCAAAUCUUUCUUUAUCCUAAGCCAAUUCUACAGAUAAACUAAAAAGUUGUUUAGUGAAAGAAGCAGAAAUAUUUAUCUAUUUAUGGACUUCAUUUGUGUAGUUAGAAACUCACCAAAAAGCUGCAUUUGACUUCUCUCUUUCUUCAAGGCCGCAAAUACAAACUUGAACUGAACCUUAAAAUUUGAUCUCUCUUUCUUGAUUUUAGCCUAUCCAGUAGUUAGUAGCUAGCUAGGGAUACACAAAGAUGGGAUCAUCCCUUAAUCAACAACUCUUCAGGAUGCUUGCUUGCUCAAGGUCAUCUUCAUCAUCAACAGCAGGAAGAUCCAAAUCCCAUGGUAGAGAUAUGUUCCUAAGGUUUCCUGUUAGAUCAUACUCGAGAUUCAGGUGCGUUUCAGAACCAUGGCUUCCGUUGGUUACAGGUUCUGGAUUCAUGGAAUCCAGUGUCAAGGCUUCAAAUGGUCUUGAAAUGGCUGAUGAUUAUACCAAUCAUAAUCUUCUUUUGGCCUCAACGGAUCCCUUUGUUAUCAAUAUGUAUUCUUGUUCUCUUCACUCUGUAUUACACAAUUUCCCUGUGAAUAUGUUUGAUGUAGAGCCUCCUAAGCGAGCUGGAUACCCUUCAUUAUACCUUAUGGGAAGCUGCAAAGGGAUCCUUUGUGUUCUUGAGGGUUGCGAGGAUAUCAUCCUAUGGAAUCCUACCAUCGGACACUUGAAGAAGCUACCUAAUUCUGGCAUCAAUCAUCACAGUUAUAAGAUUUCUACCCGCGGUUUUGGCUACGAUGAGUUGAAUGAUGAUUUCAAAGUGGUAGAAAUAUGCUGCUAUGCCCGUCUUGGGAUUAACCGCGAGACGAUAGUCAAUGUAUAUAGUUUAAAGUCUAAUUCAUGGAGAAGGAUUAAGGACUAUGAAGGUGGAAUUAUAUCGUGUUCUCCAGGCGUGUUUCUCAAUGGAGUCCUCCACUGGCCAGCAACUCAUAAAGACGGUUUAAAUACUGAUUGGAGCAUUUUGUCGCUGGAUGUGUCAGCUGAGACACAUGGGACAACACUGAUGCUACCUCAAUGCGAAAAUGGUUUUGAUGAUCUGAGACUCGGAGUUCUCAAAGGUCGUCUCUGCGUGUUUUGCAAUUACUAUCGACAUGAAAUGCAUGUGUGGAUGAUGAAAGAGUAUGGAAGCAAUAAAUCUUGGUGUAAGUUUGCUUCAAUCCCUUACUCCCAAAACAUUCCAGGUCGGAUAUUGCCAUUGUGUGUGUCGAAAUCUGGUGAAAUUUUAGUGAAGUAUGGUGAUUCACUGAUGUUGUUUAAUAAGGCAGAUGAUAGUUUCACAGAAACGGAAGUCAAAAUGGAUGAUCCUGCAUCCCUAUAUGAAGUUGCAACUUACACUGAGACCUUUGUUUCCCCUUACCUUUAUGAUGAUGUAAAGGACCAAAUUUGAUAUAGCAAGUGAUUGAAAUGAUAUUAGGUUUCUGCGAGAAUUUUGCUCUCCUGAUGUACAUCUUUACAGGCUUCUGAAGCACUAGCCGUGCUUGUUGAUUGAGUUUUGGUUACAAUAAGCUGAAUGAUAAGUACAAAGCAGAGAAAAUAUGCUGCUAUGAUCAUCUAAGGAUUAACCAUAAGAGCAUUGUAAUUUGUAAAUGUGUUUAGUUUGAGGUCUGGGAACUCAUAGUAUUGUAAGAGGACAUCUUUCUACACUUUGCAAGUACUAUCAACAUAGAAUGGGUGUUUGGAUGGAUAUUGUAAGACUGAAUCUUGAUUGAAAUUUGCUUGGAUUCCUUAUUAGCUGCGAAUUCAAUGAUUCUCACCAUUGUUUUGUGUCAAAAUACAAAUGAAGCCCUGUAUCCAGUAUAAUUUAUUUAAAGCAAUAGGCAAAUUUACCCUCGUAAUAUCCUUUGUAACCACCAAUAUAAUUUAUCCGAGACCAUUUGGUUUCUGACGCUUGAUUCUCGGUUAACUAGAAAGGAUAUUACAAGGAUAAGUUAAC